AUGCAGGCUCAGGAUGUCCUGAGACAGCUGCGGAUUCCCGAGCUGGAUGAUGUUCGGCAGUACAUGCGCAGCUUGCCCACCAAUGCUCUCAUGGGCAUGGGUGCCUUCGCUGCCUUCACCACAUACUGGUUCGCCACCCGGCCGAAAGCCCUCAAACCACCCUGUGACCUCGGCCUGCAGUCAGUAGAAAUUCCAGGUGGAGAACGUGCAAGGAGGUCAGUACUGAACGACAAUGAUGAGCACAUGACACACUACUACAGUGAUGCACGCACAAUGUACGAGGUGUUCCAACGUGGGCUCAGAGUAUCAAAUGACGGACCUUGUUUAGGAUCAAGGAAACCAAACCAGCCAUAUGAGUGGCAGUCGUACAGUGAGGUGGCAGACAGAGCGGAGCACAUGGGCUCUGCUCUCCUUCACAGAGGACACUCUCAUACAGGAGACAAGCACAUCGGCAUCUUUUCCCAGAACAGGCCAGAGUGGACCAUUUCAGAGCUGGCCUGUUACACAUACUCCUUGGUGGCAGUUCCACUGUAUGACACACUCGGCACCGAGGCCAUCGGCUACAUUAUUGACAAAGCUGCCAUCUCAACAGUGAUCUGUGACGUGCCCGAAAAGGCUCGGAUGAUUUUGGACUGCAUCAGCGGUAAGGGGCGAACGGUGAAGACGAUUGUGCUCAUGGGGGCGUUUGACAGCGAGCUGGUGACGCGUGCAAAGGAAUGUGGCAUUGAGAUUCUGAGUUUAAAGGAGCUUGAGGCCUUGGGUAAAGCCAACCUCCAGAAACCAGUGCCCCCUAAAUCCGAGGACCUUGCAGUUAUCUGUUUUACAUCUGGAACCACAGGAAACCCCAAAGGUGCAAUGCUUACUCAUGGGAACGUAAUCUCCAACACUGCAGCUUUCAUUAGAAUAACACAGGUACACUGCAUGCUGAACGUCCAUGAUAUUCAUGUAUCCUAUCUCCCUCUAGCUCACAUGUUUGAGAGGGUUGUACAGGGUGUCAUCCUGGUCCACGGGGCUCGAAUCGGCUAUUUCCAAGGGGACAUUCGACUUUUGAUGGAUGACUUGAAAACACUGCGGCCAACAGUCUUCCCUGUGGUCCCGCGUCUCCUCAACCGCAUGUUUGAUAAGGUCUUCAGUCAAGCCAACACGCCGAUAAAGAGAUGGCUGCUCGAUUUUGCUUUCAGGAGAAAGGAGGCAGAGCUUAAAAGUGGCGUGGUCAGAAAGGACAGCAUGUGGGACAAAAUCAUCUUCAGAAAAGUGCAGGCAAGCCUGGGCGGUCGUGUCAGACUCAUGAUUACAGGAGCAGCACCGGUGUCUCCAACCAUCCUGACGUUCCUGCGAGCCGCACUGGGCUGUCAGUUCUAUGAAGGCUACGGUCAGACUGAAUGUACAGCUGGGUGCUCUAUGUCAGUGCCUGGAGACUGGACUGCAGGUCACGUCGGGCCUCCUCUGCCCUGCAACUAUAUCAAACUGGUGGAUGUGGCAGAAAUGAACUACCUGGCAGCCAAUGGAGAGGGAGAGGUGUGCGUCAAAGGACCAAAUGUAUUCCUGGGAUACCUGAAGGAUCCUGAGAAAACAGCAGAGGCGAUAGACGAGGAGGGAUGGCUGCACACGGGAGACAUUGGGAAAUGGCUUCCUAACGGCACUCUGAAGAUCACUGACAGGAAGAAGCACAUUUUCAAGCUGGCCCAAGGAGAAUACAUCGCUCCCGAGAAAAUAGAGUGUGUGUAUACUCUCAGUGAUCCAGUGGCCCAGAUAUUUGUUCAUGGCGACAGCUUACAGGCAUGUCUGGUGGGGAUAGUGGUUCCUGAUCCAGACUGUUUACCUAUUUGGAUCAAGAAAAAAGGGAUUGAAGGCUCCUACACUGACCUGUGCAAAAACAAGGAUGUGAAAAAUGCCAUUCUGGAGGACAUCUUGAGGCUGGGCAAGGAAGCAGGACUCAAGUCCUUUGAGCAGGUGAGAGACAUUGCGUUACAUCCUGAGCUGUUUUCUGUCCAGAACGGCCUGCUGACACCCACUCUGAAGGCCAAGAGAGCUGAGCUCCGGAGCCGCUUCAGAGGGGAAAUUGAUGAACUCUAUGCCAAAAUUAAGAUGUAAAUUGGGAUUGAGGAGUACUGUUGGCAAGGUGACAUACAUUUAGAGCUCACAGUCGGAACCAAAUAGUUGUCGGGGAUUAAACUCGAUUUGUCUGCCAGUGACAAUCUGAGAUAAUGACUCUCAGAAGUCUGUAUUGUCCCCGCUUCAUCUCGUAAUCGUACCACUAAAUUUUCCCUGCAACCGCUGGCUAUUGAGUUCAGAGUAUGUCACCGUGUUACUGUACAAUCUAAGAGCAUGUAAUUGAAAAACCCAAAGGGGAAAUGUGACUUGCUCAUGCCUUAAACUGCCAUUAAGUCCGACUACUUCACAGUUGCAAAGAUCUGAAAACAUUUCUGCCAGUUUUUAUAAUCUUUGGAGCUGCAGAAAAAUUCCUACAAACCUGCUUUUAAAGUGACUAUUUAUACCAGACUAUUUAAUUUUAAAGCUCCAUCUAUUUAAGUUGGUAUUUAAUGUAAUCAUUAAAUCUGUAAAUAGUGUAUCUGCUGAAAAGUCUAUUUGUAUGCAGAGUAUUGUGCCUGAUGCUCUGUGGUUGUAAUUCCCUGCAUUCCCAUGUCUCGAUGCUGAAGGACUGAUGAACCUUCCUGCGUGCACAAUUAAGAGUUAAUGGCCUUUUGGGAAUCAUGUUGCUUGAUAGACUUUCUGUGCCUUUUAUGGUUGUUGUUUUUUUGUUUUCUUUUAACUCUGCAUGGGGAAAAACUGAAUGUUAUUAUAUUCUACAUGCAAUUCCUUCCUUUUAGAUUUUCUCAUUUCAGUGCCACAGGUUGCAGGAUAACACUGCACACUGCCAUUCGUGUAAUGCACUUCACUGAUCGGUGUAAAUAUUUGGAACACUGAUAUCACGGUUCAUUUAAAGAAACACGUUUUUCAAAAUUAUUUCCACAUCAUUGUCAGCAUUUCACAUUACACUUAUUUUCGGGUGUAAAACGGAGCAACAUUUCAGUUGUUUGACAAAAGAUUUUGUUGUGAAUUCAGAUGUUUUGAGUAAAUUAUGAUCUUCACACACAUUUAAAUCACGUCGAGGCCUCCUUGGCAGUUCAAGCCAUACUUUUCUUUAUUUUAUUUUUUCAAAGAAUCUUAUGGUAUGAAAAGGGCAAAGGUGCAGUUUUGUGCUGAAGUUUUAAGUAUAGUAUAUUGAUUGUCAACUGUACAAAAUAAAGAUUUUAUUCAAAAA